CUUUAUAUCAAUAUAUUACUAAAAUUCUUAGGAUAUGUUACCAUAAAGACCAUAAACAUCUUAUAAUUCAACUAAUUCCUCUCAUCAAAUUGAAUCACCAGCAAAUACUAUUAAUGUAUUGACAACUCUACAAUUAUCAACGAAUAGAAAAUUAUUAGAAUAAUUCCCUAAAGAUGCUCAUUCUGAUGUUAUAAUUCAAAUCAAAAAUAAAAGAUUUGAAUUAUAAAAGGCACAUCUCAGAAUUGAAAGUCCUUUUUUUGAUUGCGAUAAAAAAGUCAUCUCUAUAUAAGAAUACGAUCCAGAUAUUUUUGAGGGAAUUCUUAAAUGCUUUUAUGGUGGACAAUAUACCAUUUAUAAUUAUCAAGAGCUUUAUUUGGCUUAUCAAAUUUGUAGUUUUAUUAAAUGCGAGGGUUUAUGUAAAUAAAUUGAGAGUUCAUUUGUUAUCAAUAAAAAAUCAUUUACUCUUGCAUUUUAAUUAAGUGAAUUUUAUGGCCUUGAAGAUUUAAGACUUUAGUGUUAUGAAUUUUUGGAUAGUAAUCCUGAUGCUUUUCUACAAAUAUUUGAUCUUGGUAUGCUCAAAUUAAAAAAGAAUCAUAAGAAAACUACACCUUCAGAUAUGUUAGGAUUAAAUAAAUCCUGUUUUACUCAUCUCAUUUAAGCACAUAACACUUAUAAAAAAACUAAAUCAGAAUCAAGACAAUUUCUAACGAACUAUGAAAUUUUCUAAUUAUUAGAAUUGUAUGCCUCUAAUGAAGAUGAUCUCAAAGAACUAGUCAUUAAUUUAAUUGAUAGAAAUUCUCUUACAAGUGAAGAAUACUAUAAAAUAUAUCAUCUUUUAGCUUGUAGAUAAUCUCAUGAUAUUUUAGAUGAACCACAUAUUCAACCAUGUCAUUAAUCUGUAAAAGAAUAUCAGUAAUUUAAUAUUUAUUAUAAUAGAUUAUAAACUUAAUCUGAAAAGAAUUAUUAAGAUUAUUUUGAUGUUAAAAAAAGUGAAAACUAUUAUUUCAAAAAACGUAUGAUUGAAUUAGAGGAGCAAAACAAAGCAUUAGAAUAAGAGACUUCAAAACUUUAAAUAGCUUUAGAAACUUGCAUGAAAAAUACUAAUAAUUUUAAAGACACAUUAUUAGAAACUAUUACUUAGAAGUUAGACAAUAAAUUAAUUGAAAAAGAUAAAGAAAUCGAUUAUUUAAAAUAAGAACUUUUAAUUCUAAAAAGUUAAAUCAAUUAAAAAGAUCAAACUAUUAUUGAUUUAGAGGAUAGUCUUAAGGAUAUUAAUGAGAGAGAAAUAACAUAUUUGAAAUCUUAAAUUGAAACAUUAAAAAGUUAAUUGAUUACUAGAGGCCAGACUGUUUCUGAAUUAUAAUAUAGUGAAAGAGAUUUUAAUGAUCAAACCUAUGAUUCUAUUAAUUAAAAUACAGCAAGUCAAUUUCUUCAAUAAUAAGAAUUGGCCAAAUCUGAAUUCUAAUUCUUAAGACCUCAAACUGUUGCAUAAAGUUAAUUAUAAUUAACUGUUCAAUAAACAGAAAGAUUUCAAUUUGAUGCUGAACCUGUCACUUUAGAUAAGAUUUCUUAACUUAAUUAUAUGUUUGAUCAUCUUAAUAUCACAAUCUUCUCUUAAAUCUACUUGCGAAGACUGUAAUUAGGAUCUCUUAUUGGAUAUGAUAUUGAUUCCUUUAAAAAUAAUUGCACCAAUAUAGAAAAUUUACUUAUUUUGAUUAGAGUUUUUGAUUAUAAUAAAAUAAUAGGAGUUCUAAAUUAUGGAAAUUAAAAAUAUUUGCUUAAUAUAUCGAAUCGCUAAAUAUAAGAAUAGGAUGAUAUUCUUUUAUUCGAAGAUAAUAUCAUUGAGAUUCCUGGUUAACUUACAAUAUGUAAUGGUUGUGAUUCUAACACUUGUUAUGGCUCUACUUCUUUGACAGGAAAUAAAGAAUUUGUAGUAGAGGAUAUUGAAGCUUAUUCAAUGGAAAUUAGUCAUAAUUUGUGAUAAAAUUAUAUUAGAUAAAAU